AUGGAUUCCAUCGAGUCGAAGAGGGAGGCUCCUGAGCCGGUCGCUGGAGGAGUCUCUCCGGAUGUCUCUGAAGAAGCCACUCCAACGCCUAGUCGGGUACAGCCGAUUCUCGUUGUGGUGGCCGGGUUCCUGGUCAUGUUCACCAGCACGGCGGUGAUCUUCUCGUUUGGCGUGUACCAGGCGCUGUACGAGGCGAUGGCCAAGGAGGCCGACACGCCCUUCACGGGGGCCUCGUCGGCGAUGAUCGGGCUGAUCGGCACGCUGGCGAUCGCGCUGAUGUCGAUGGCGGCGCCGUUUGUGAUGACCUGGAUCAAGGUGUACCCGCCGCGCGUGGUGGUGAUGGCGGGCGGCGUGGUGUUUGGGGUGGCGUGCGUGCUGGCGAGCGUCAGCGAGCGACUGUGGCAGUUUGUGCUGACGCAGGGCCUGCUGCUGGGGAUCGGCGUGUGCAUGGCGUAUAUCCCUGCGGUGACGGUGAGUCCGACGUGGUUUGAUCGGCGGCGCGGCCUGGCGAUGGGCCUCAUCAUCGCCGGGUCGGCCCUGGGGGGCAUCGUGUGGCCGCCUGUUCUGCGGGCGCUGAUCGACGCCGUGGGCUUCCGCAACGCCCUGCGCAUCUGCGGCUGCAUCUGCUGUCUCUGCAACGUGCUGGCCGGCGCCGCCCUGCGCUGGGAGCCUCGCUUCUACGAGCGCCAGGUGCGCGUCCAGGUCCGCCAUCUGACGCCCGCCACGGGCUGGUACAAAGUCGUCCCCCUGGUGAACUGGCAGGUUGCACGCACCUCCAAGUUCGCCGCGCAGGCGCUGGGCUGCUUCCUGCAGUCCGCCGCGUACUCGACGCCGCUGUUCUUCUACGCCUCGUACGCCCAGGCCCUGGGCUACAGCGGCACCGCCGCCGCCAACUUCAUCACCCUCAGCAACGCCUCCAACUUUGUCUCGCGCAUCCUGACGGGCUACAUGGCCGACCAUUGCGGCCGCAUCAACGCCCUGCUCUUCACCACCUUUGCCUCCACCAUCGCCGUCCUGGCCUUCUGGCUGCCCUCCAUCGUCGCCCAGGCCCACGGCAGCUCCCUCACCGGCCACGCCCUCUUCUUCGUCUUCACCAUCCUGUACGGCUGCUUCGCCAGCGCCUACAUCUCGCUCUUCCCGGCCUCCCUGAUCGAGCUCUUUGGCGUCCAGAACUUCACCUCCGUCAACGGCGCCCUCUAUCUCGUCCGCGGCCUCGGUGCCCUCGUCGGCACCCCGCUGACCGGCCUCCUCAUCCCACAGGCCACCGCGCUGACCGCGCCCAUCGCCUACGAACGCGCCGCCAUCACCGUCGGCGUCUUGCUCUUCGCCGCCACCGUCGCCAUCUUCUGGGCGCGCGUCGAGGUCACCUUGGGGGGGUGGAAGUGGAAGGUCUAG